AUGAGGCAGAUACACCAGGCUGUUCCGGAUCAGUUGUUGGGUGCAAUACACUAUUGGAAUGGUGAUUUCUUGUUAUGGACUGAAAAUUUUAUUCUUUUCAUGUACUUGUCAGCAGUUUUAACAUAUUAUUACUACACUACACAAGUUGAAGAAAAGCAACGCAUAUUUCUUAGGACUUUAGCAACUAUUUGGAUAUCACUUGAUGGUCAUCAUGAAAAAGCUAUUGUGAUGAAACAUGCGGAUUUUGGAUUAUAUUUGAUAAAGCUUAUAUCUUAUUUACUGGUAAUAGGCAUGAUAAUGGCUGUUCAGUCAUCGUUAAUACCAGUGUAUUUAGACUUGAUUAUACCGUUAGAUGAACCUCGUCCAAAGAUUUUCUUAAUAAAAAUAUAUUUUAUUACGGAUCCAAACAAACAUUAUUAUCCACAUUAUUUUGCAUGUUUGGCUCUUAUGACUCUAGCUGAUUACAUCGUAUUGUUGGGUGCAAUACACUAUUGGAAUGGUGAUUUCUUGUUAUGGACUGAAAAUUUUAUUCUUUUCAUGUACUUGUCAGCAGUUUUAACAUAUUAUUACUACACUACACAAGUUGAAGAAAAGAUACUUGAAACUAACGACUAUUUUGAAAAAAUCAGACAAGGCACAUUUUUACUCGCCGUAUUAGCAAUUCUGUUUUUGAUAAAUUGGCCAGGGCAAUUACUUAUCGACGAGAGCGAAGAUUUAUUCCUUUCAACUUAUAUGGGUGAAUGGUAUCGAUUAUCUGGAAGAUCAAAAGCUUUGCUAAUAAUCAUGAGAUACAGAUGCAUGCGGCCUUGUAUUUUCACUGCAGGGACAUUGUGCAUUUUAAAUUACAAAACUUACGCGCUGGCAAAUCAUGAAAACAGCGUAUUCCUAUUUGACUUUUCUAUAUUCUAUGAGACGGCCCCAAUCAUAAUAGCGCAAUGA